GAUCUUCCGAUGAACAGGAAUAACAGCUGUAACCUGCGGAAUUUUGACAGUCUCUUCCUGCAUUAGCAUAUACAUAGCUAUACAGUAUAGUCCUUUCCAUUGUGUUUUGCUAGCGUAAAAGCUGCCGCGGGACCAUGGCUGCUCAGAAGAUAAACGAAGCACAUGAACACAUUGCCAAGGCUGAGAAACAUUUAAAGACAAGUUUCAUGAAGUGGAAACCAGACUAUGAUAGCGCUGCUUCCGAGUAUGCAAAAGCAGCUGUUGCCUUCAAAAAUGCCAAGCAGCUAGAGCUGGCAAAGGACGCCUACCUGAAGGAGGCAGAGGCACACACUGAAAAUAGAGCUCUGUUCCAUGCUGCCAAAGCAUAUGAACAGGCUGGAAUGAUGCUAAAGGACAUGCAGAGGAUGCCGGAGGCAGUCCAGUACAUUGAGAAAGCCAGCAUGAUGUAUGUGGAGAAUGGUACACCUGAUACAGCUGCAAUGGCACUGGACAGGGCUGGAAAGCUGAUAGAGCCAAUAGAUCUGGAUAAAGCAGUGAAUCUCUACCAGCAGGCGGCAUCUGUGUUUGAGAAUGAGGAUCGUCUACGACAAGCAGUAGAGCUCCUGGGAAAAGCCUCAAGGCUUCUGGUCAGGCAACAAAGGUUUGAUGAAGCUGCGGUUUCACUUCAGAAGGAGAAGAACAUGUAUAAAGAAAUAGAAAAUUAUCCUACCUGCUUCAAGAAAACAAUUGCACAAGUGCUGGUUCAGCUUCACAGAAGUGACUUUGUUGCAGCAGACAAAUGCGUCAGAGAGAGCUACAGUAUUCCAGGGUUCAGUGGGAGUGAGGACUGUGUUGCCAUGGAGCAGCUUUUACAGGGUUAUGACGAACAAGACGAGGACCAAGUGUAUCGUGUCUGUAAUUCGCCUCUAAUCAAGUACAUGGACAAUGAUUAUGCCAAGCUGGCACUCAGCCUUAAGGUCCCGGGAGGAGGAAAGAAGAAGAAAUCUCCCACUUCCCCCCAGGAAGCUGCUGGGGGGGCACAGGCUGUGGAAGAGGAUGAUGAGUAUGAGGGCGGGCUUUGUUAGCUCCAGUCCCAUAAUGCUCUGUGCUUCACUGUACUUCCCCUUAAAGUGGUGCGGGUUCAUUUCAGGUACGGGCAGUCUCCCAUCCUGUUCGUUCCAGGCUUCAAACCUAAAUGGGGAUUAUAAUCUGCCCAGUCGCACUGCAGAUCUAUCCAAACACUAUUAUGCGCUUGCACCAUUACAACAGAAGCAUGAGAUUAUAGUACAGUACCUUAAUGAUAAUCAUAAUGAUGAUUUCACACAUAUAUAUAUUUGCCCUUUUUGGGUUUGAUGUUGUUUGAAUUAUUUUUCAGUUUGCCCCAUUUUCCAAAGUGGGUUUGACUAGACAACAUGACAUGAAACGUAUGAAUGAUGUUUUUUUUUUUUUAACUACCAGUUAGUCUCAGUUAGGUCAUGGAUUCAAGAUGAAUUUUUUUCCCUCAGUUAAUUGGCAUAUCUGUAGCAAAAAGCUAUCCUUUUAAGUGCAUCAGAUCAUGAAAAAGCCUUAAUUUACACAUGCAACAGAAGAUGUUUGGGCCUGUGAUUUCAUACUUGCCCGUGUCAAGCGUAUUUUUUAUUUUUUGAAGAAGUUAACUGGUGCAACAGUAAAGUGACUAUUUUAUAUCAGAUGUCUUUUGGGUUUUGGAAUAUUGUUCAUCAGCAUAGUAGACAGUAGUGUAGCGGCCAUUGAAGGUAUACCAUUUUUUUCUGUACAGUAUCUAAAAUUAUUUUAUAGUGUUACCGGUUUUGAUCGUAGUAGUAUAUGUUCAGAGCUUGCAUUUACAUAUGGUAACUGGUCCUGCAGAAAAUGUGAAGAAUAAAUAUUAACUUGGUAUAAUGUUUGUGAUUAAUUUAUGUACAGUGUUUUCAACAGUUUGAAAAGAACAGAUUUAGAAACAUCAUGGUAGGUGCAAUUUGUACUGAGAUGAACUGUGUAUUGUAAGAUGUAUUUAUGAAGAGAGGUUUUAUCGGUAUCGUGGAUAUAUUGUUCCAAUCAGCUUCAGCUGGAAACAGAAUUAAGGUGGAAAUACACAAUACGUAGGUUCACAACACUGCGCCAUGAAACAAAAUAUUUCCCUAUUGAUAUGCAACUGACAUGCUGUUUCAGUGACGUAUCUAUUUGGUUAAUAUUUUCUUUGUGUUUGAAAAAA